UGAAGCAGUUUAAAUGGACUGAGCGCAGAACGAACGAGAGAGAGAGAGAGAGAGAGAGGAAGGAAGGAGAGAAAGUGCAAAACAGCUUUGAAGAGAAUAACAACUACUGAAAGGAGAAAUGUGAUAAAGGAAGACUAAUGUUUUUCUUUAGAACAAAAACAAAAGGGUCUUAUUUGGAUGUGAAGAUCCCUCAUACUCUGAAAAUUAAUCGACACACAGAGUAGAGAAAUUAAUUUUCCUUCUCGUCCUGGGACAUUGUGAACCAUGGACUUCACACAUCGGCAGAACUCACUCCACCAUGCUCUCUGCUAGUCUUCUGCAGAUGGUGGUCCUGUGUGCCUGGGUGCUGUUAGCUGGAGAAGCCGGCUUAUUCUCUGAAGGAGGGAGGACAGUGCCAUCGGAUGCAAGCCAGAAGGAAGGUACAGCACUAUCUUCGCCUGAUCCUGAGCUGGUCCAUACUCUCCACAGGACUCUGUUGAGCAGAUUGGGGCUGAGCCGUCUCCCCAGGCCCAAUCCUGCCACCAUCAUCCCUCAGUACAUGCGUGAUUUGUACUACUUUCACACUGGGGAUUACGACAGCGUCCAGGAUUCCAGCUUCGCCCACUUGGGGAGACAGGCAAGAGGCGCCAACACAGUGCGAAGCUUCCAUCACUUGGGUUAUCCCCAGGAGGUCCCCUAUCCCGAGGGAAGAAGUUUCCACCAGAUCGUCUUCAACCUGACCACCAUCCCCGACCGAGAGCACGUCACUUCGGCCGAGCUCCGCUUAUUCCGGGAGGCCGAGGUCGGGGCCGGCCCCGGCCUGGAAGCGGUGGCCGUUUACGAGCUCUUGGAGCCCCCAGGCGGAGGAGGGAUAGGGCGCAGGUUACUGGAGAGGCGCCUGCUGCCUGGUAACCGGAGCCAGUGGGAGAGCUUCGAGGUGGGCCCGGCGGUGAUGAACUCCAGAGUGGGGCGACACCAGCAGCGGCGGGAUCUGGUGGCUUUCCUGGUUGAGCUGAGGCCGGGCCCAACGUCCCGAGGGAGGCUGAGGGUCGGCAGGUCGCUGCGGGAGUCUGAGGAACAUGCUGGGGAGCCCCGGCAGCCACUCCUGGUCACCUACGGCCAGGAUGGUGGUGGCGGGAGGGCCCUGGGCUCUAGGCCCAGGCGGCACAGCCUGAAGAAAGGGGCACGUGCCAGAGUCCGGCAGCGGAAUCGGUGCCGACGGAAGCCGCUGUAUGUGGACUUUGAGAGGGUGGGCUGGACCGAGUGGAUCAUCGCUCCCCGAGGCUAUGACGCCUUCUACUGCCAGGGUGAGUGCCGGUUCCCGCUUGCCGACCACAUGAACUCCUCCAGCCAUGCCAUCGUGCAGACUCUGGUCAACUCAGUGAACACCGAGAUCCCCAAGGCUUGCUGUGUGCCCACCGAGCUCAGUCCCGUCGCCAUGCUGUACCUGGAUGAUGAUGAGAGAGUGGUCCUCAAGAAUUACCAGGAGAUGGCUGUCGAAGGCUGUGGAUGCCGCUGAGGCAACACCCCGUCCUCCCCAACCCACACAAGGUUAUUGAGUCGUUGGAAAUGGUCUUCAUUGAAUAACUGGGGGGUAGUCUUAAUUGAGUCAUUGAGGAUCUUCAUUAAGUCUUGGGAAGUCUUCACUGGGUCAUUGGGUGAUCUUCAUUGAGGGGAUCUUCAUUAUGUCAUGGGGAAGGGGAUUACCAUUAAAUCCUAGGGAAAUCUUCAUUGAUUAUUUGGGAGUAGUCUUCAUUGAGUCAGAGGGGAUCUUCAUUGAGUCAUGAGAGAUCUUUAUUGAGUCAUUGGCGUCUUCAUUGAGUCAUAGCAGUGGUCUUCAUUGAGUCAUAGCACAGUGUUCAUUGAUUCAUUGGGAUUGGUCAUCACUGAGUCUUUGGGGAUCUUCACUGGGUCAUUGGGCGGUCCUCAUGAAAUUAUUGGGGUCUUCACUAAGUCAUUGGGACCCUUCAUUGAGUUAUGAAAUUUCUUCAUUGAAUCAUGGCGGGGGGUAUUCAUUGAGUCAUAGCGGUGGUCUUCAUUGAGUCAUGGAUGAUCUUCAUUAAGUCAUUGGGAGUCUUCAUUGAAUUAUGACGCAUCUUCGUUGAGUCAUUGGGAGGCUUCAUUGAGUCAUACAGCACAGAAGAUGCCCUUCAGUCUAUUGAGUCUGUGCCCACCCCAUCUACUCUCAUUCCACUUUCCCGCACUUGCCCCAUUGUCUCUAAGGAUAUGACAUUUUGAGUGCUCAUACCUUUUCAGAAAGGUUGUGAGGUUUCCUACCUCUAUGACCCUCCCAGGGCUUUUUAAAAAUAUAACCUAGGAAAAUUGGGCGAACAGUUAAUGACCCCUGGCAUGCUGAGAUUUGACGAGCCUCCAGAGAGGUUAGAUUCUAGAGUCUACACCCAAAAGGAGACUCAGUCCAGGCUUGUGUUGGGCGUGCGAAGGUGUCAUCAUGUCUUUUCCAGCACGGUGCAGUCAUAUUGGACACAAUGUUAAAUGUUCCUCUGUCCGAAUAUACUACUAGAUUUCCUGAGUUUCUCCAACCCUGUCCUCAAGAAGAGUCCUCCUAGAAUCAUUAAAGCAUAGAAAAUAGGAGCAGGAGCAGGCCAUCAGCCCUUUGAGUCUGCUCCACCAUUCAGUAUGAUCAUGACUCAUCAUCGAACUCAGUACUCUCUUUCCCUUUCUCCUCAUAUCCUUUAAUCCCUUCAAUCCUAAAAACUAAUAUCUAUAUCAUUCUUGCAAGUCUUCAAUGUUUUGGCCUCAAUAGUUUCCUGUGUCAGAGAAUUCCAUAGAUUCACUGACCCCAAGUGAAGAAAUGUCUCCUCAUCUCUGUCCUUAAAGGUCUACCCCAUAUCUUUAGAAUGUGAUUCCUGGUUUUGGACUUCCUGGUCAUUGAGAAUAUCAUUCCCCGAAACAUUAACUAUUUUUAUCUCUCCCACAGAUAAUGCCAGAUCUACUGAGUUUCUCCAGCAUGCUCUGUGUUUGUUUCAAAUUUCCAGCAUCUAUAGCAUUUUGAGGGUCACGCUUUGUUGAGAGGGUGUGUCUAACAUGUUUGCCCCUUCCAGAAGCUAUUGACAGAAAGACUUGUGUUUGUAUGACAAGUUUUCACGGCCUCAGGACACACUUUGGCAGUUGACAAAGAACUUUAUUCUAUGAAUGCAGGUUGGUCGCUGUAGUAUUGCAGGGGAACAUAGCUGCCUAAUUGGUGCUAGUUGGAUCUUGCUGUGCACAAGUUGAUACCCAGGCCAAGGUAAUCUGACUUUUGGCAAUGUUGAUUGAGGGAUAAAUAUUGGCCCAGGACAUGGGAGGAGAACAAAUCCCUUUCCCCACCCUCCACAGCCCAGCUCCUGUUAGAAACAGGUCUUGUACACCCCAACUGUGGGAAACAUCUCCUGGUUAAAAUCUCAUCUGAAAGGUGAGAGUGCAGCACUCCCUCAGUUCGGUACACGGAGCAUUAGCCUGGAUUUUGUGCUCAAGUCUCUGGAAUCAACUAACACUAGAAAUUUUGUUGCUGUGAAAAUAAAGAAGGAGUUGACUGUACAUUCAGACGUGGUGAAAGAUACUUUUAACUUUUUACUCUAACUUAGUCCCUAUUCGUCCUAUGUGUAGGGGUCUUCUCUGCCCUGAAAACAGUGGCUAAUAGGCCAGCCCUCUGGUAUCCACUUCAAACAUGUUGUGCAAGCUAAGAAUGUGAAUGAUACCAAGCUAUUCAACUAUGGGAACAUUACAGUCAGCGUCAAAUCCUGCCUUGGCAAUAAUCUUCAAACUUGCCAGCGAGGAGUUAGAAAAAGAAGGUGGGUAACUGGGCAGAUACUUUGUGACAGGGAUCCAGGCUGACAUUUUUUUAACUUUCUCCAUCUUUCCCCUAGGGAUUCAGAAUCCCAAUUAUAGCAAAAUCACCCUCUCUUAUUCUGCACAGUUCUAAGGGCAGCUGAUUAGGUAGAAUUAGAACAGUCUCUCAUAUUUCAAUUGUUAAAGCCAGUGCUUCACGUUUUGUUCAUUUAUGUUGCGCAUUUGAACUUUAUCAUGUUUUUUUCAUGGGGAUAUGGGCAUUGCUUGUGGGGCCAGCAUUAAUUACCCCGUCUAUAACUGCCCUUGAGAUUGUGGUGGUGACCUGCCGUCUUGAAUGACUGUUUGGUCUUCCAAACCCAUAAACAUAUCAUCAAGAAGUGGGAACACUACCACCUGAAAGUUCCCCUCUUAAGUCACAAAUCACCUUGACUUGGAAAUAUACCACUCUUAGGGAGAGAGAGUUAUAGAGGUUUACAGCUUGGAAACGGGCCCUUCGGCCCAACCUGUCCAUGCCACUCAGUUUUCACAAUUAAACUAGUCCCACUUGCCUGCACUUUGUGCAUAUCCCUCCAUACACCGGUCCAAAUGUUUCUUAUAUGAUGAAAUUGCAAUUGCCUCUAUGACUAUCUCUGGCAAACUGUUCCAGACACAGACCACCCUCUGUGUGAAAAUAUUGCCCCUCUGGACCCUUUUGUAUUUCUCCCCUCUCACCUCAAACUUAAGCCCUCUAAUUUUAGACUCCCCUACUAUGGGGAAAAGCUGAUGCCUUAUCUAUGCAUCUCAUGAUUUUAUAAACCUCUAUAAAGUCAUCCCUCAGUCUCCUGAGCUCCAGGGAAAAUAGCCCCAGCCUAUCUGACCUUUCCUCAUAACUCAAACCUUCCAGUCCAGGUAGGAUCCUAGUAAAUCUUUUCUGCACUCUUUCUAGUUUAAUAAUAUCCUUUCUAUAGUAAGAUGACCAGAAAUGCAUGCUGUACUCCAAAUGUGGCCUUACCAAUGUCUUAUACAGCUGUAACAAGACAUCCCAAUUCCUGCACACAAUGCUCUGAUCAAUGAAAUUAAGUUUGCCAAGAGCCUUUUUCACUGCCUUGUCUACCAGUUGUGACCCCAGUUUCAAGGAGGUAUGAACUGUACCCUAGGUCUCUUUGUUCUCUAACACUCCCCAAAGCCCUACCAUUGACUGGAGUUCUGGGAUUUUGAUUCCAUGACACUCAAAGAAUAGUAACAUUUUUUAAGGUCAAGAUGGUUUGGAGUGGAACUUGCAGAGGGUGGCAUUCCCAUGCAAAGAACAAACAUAGAACAGUACAGCACAGUACAGGCCCUUCGGCCCACAAUGUUGUGCCGACCUAUUAUCCUACUAAGAUCUAACCACCCUGCAUACCCUACAUUUUACUAUCCUCCAUGUGCCUAUCCAAGAGUCACUUAAAAGUCUCCAAAGUAUCUGACUCCACUACCACGGCUGGCAGCACAUUCUACACACCCACCACUCUCUGUGUACAGAUCCUACCUCUGACAUCUUCCCUAUACCUUCCUCCAGUCACCUUAAAAUUAUGUCCCCUCGUGACAGUAAUUUCCCCCUGGGAAUAAGUCUCUGACUAUCCACUCUAUCUAUGCCUCUCAUCAUUUGUAAACCUCAAUCAAGUGACCUCUCAUUCUUGUUCACUCCAAUGAAAAAAGCCCUAGCUCCCUCAACCUUUCCUCAUAAGACCUGCCCUCCAGUCAAGGCAACAUCCUGGUAAAUCUCCUCUCUAAAGCUCCGACAUCUCUCCCAUAAUGAGGUGACCAGAACUGAACACAAUAUUCCAAGUGUGGUCUAACCAGAGUUUUAUAGAGCUGCAGCAUAACCUCACGGCUCUUAAACUCAAUUCUGCUAGAUUUGUCCUUCUAGAUGGUAAUGAUCACGUGUUUGGAAGGCAUUGUCGAAGGAGCAUAGGUGAAUUUCUGCAGCACAUUUUGUAGAUGUCACACAUUUUUGCCACCAUGCUUCUGGUGCGAAAGGAGUGAAUUUAAGUUAAUGGCUAAUUAGUGAUUCUAUUUUUGCUUUUGCCAGGGAGUCUGGUGACAAUAUCUGCUCAUUUAACAAUAAAUAAAUCUUGUGCACUAAAUAGAUUUUCAUAUCGGGCGUUGAAACAGUCUUUUGACUUCUACUCUUGAUGGCUUACUGAUGUGCGCCACUUUUGAGAGGUCACAGAUAUGAAGGAGAAUGUGCAAUUACUUGUCCCAGCCUUACUAAAUGCCUUUGGACACUGGUGAAAGGGAUGAACAUUGCUAUACAAACAGGCUGGCAGAUAUUCUACCACUCUCAGUGACAAAUGGCUCUGCCUUAACCCUUAAUUUACCUAUAGUCCCCAAAUCUCAAAGUCCUUUGAAAGUUAAACGACUGCUUGAAGCCCCAGUCAGAUGCAGCAUUUGAUAAUGGGAACUGCAGAUGC